UCAAGUGCAACGUGAGGCUGUGCAGAUCCAAGAUGCACUUUCUCGCUUUUUGCUGCCUCGCUUCCAUUAUUCUCCCAUUGCAAUAACAUUCAUUUUGACAAAUGUUGGGCUCUGUGCAGAUUAAACGAGAGGAUUUCCUGGAAGCGCCUUGAAAUGAGGACCGACACUCUCAGAAAAGAAGCUAAACACCAUGGAGGACAUCUCAUAUGCUCCCCGCUUUCCCGAUUUCCAUCCUCCUCAUGCAUCCUUCCACCUCACCCAGAGCCCCGAGGUGGACUCCCUCCAGCGGUAUGGCGGUAGCGAGACCUCCUUCCCCUCCUGGAGGAGGGCAGGGGACACGUGUGCAGAGGACAUUCACACAAGCGAGCGCUUUGCGGACGCUUGGGAGCCGUGUGAGGACAUCUACGGCAAUGUGGACGGACGCUGCAAUAAUGUCGGCGGUGAGCACGGGACUUCUAACGGCUUCUACGACAAACCGAGGAGAAUGUCCUUCAGGGGAGCUGAGAGGACUUGGGAUGGUGCGUCCUCCCGUGAAGACAUGGACCAACCGCCAUGGUUCCAUUCCUCUUCAGUGGGCCAGUUGCCUUCAAGCAGUCUGCCUCCAACGUCAACUCCUCAGAAACUGGACUCCUUCUCUGAAGCCUUCCUCUCCCGGCGGAGGAGAACAUUCCCACAGGUUUUCCACCGAGAAUCUUCUGGACCCAACCCGGAGUCUGAGGUGGUGAACGGCACACUCGUAUUAAAGCAGAAGUGUGUCCCUCCUUCUCCUCAACCCUCUCACCUCAGGUCGCCAGUGUUUGAUCCCCCACAGGCACCAUUACCUUCCACCAUGAUGGAUUUCGCCAGUCCCUCGUCAGGAGGAGAAGCCAAGUAUGGAACGUUGGACCUUUUUUCCGCCCACUUUCCGUCCUUUUCGUCGCUCUACUCCAGCGUGAUGUGGCAGCUUCCUGUCGUGCGGGACGGAGCAGACAGCAUGGAGGGACACCUGAGCGCUUCACUUGCUGGAGACUACCACAGCAUCAUACCCUUUCCACAUCCCGAGUUAGCAUUCCAACCACACAGCGUCCCAUCACAAGCCCCUCAACAUGGUGAAGCAGCAGCAAGUCAACCUUUCCUCACCCGCCAUGCACCCGUGACAAAUCAGAACUACACCGGAACUCCUUUUCUCAGCAUAUUUCGCCCCGGCACGGACACAAUGAGAAGGUACUACACUCCCCGACCUCUCCUCAACCCAGGCCGCCGAGGGACAGGACUCUACUCCUCCCUCACAUCACUCCAUCCUAGAGAGGAGGAAACGGCAGAAGAGGAGAAGACUGAGUCUGGCAUGACUGCACGGGUCAACACAGGCAAGGAGUUCCAGGCAGAACUCCCCCCUGAGCAGUCCAGGGCAAGGUCACCGGACAAGGAGUUGAACUAUGAACAGUUGCUGUGGCAGCCGCAGAGAGAGCUGGCAGAGAGUGGCGCCUUGCAAGAUCAAGUGGAGAAGCUGCUGUUGCUGUGUAGUUCCAGCUGCCUACCAGGAGGGGGCAGCAACACAGAGCUGGCGCUGCACUGUCUCCAUUCCUGCAAGGGCGACAUAGUGGCCACGCUGGAGAUGCUCCUGCAAAAGCAGGCCUGGCCUACAGGGGACUACCACUACUCAGGUAGUGACUUUUGGAGUGAGCAUGAAAAGAGUGACUUCAACACAGCCCUGAACACAUAUGGAAAAAACUUUACACGCAUUCGCCAAAUGGUGAAGACCAAGACAACACACCAGUGUGUGGAGUUUUACUACAACAACAAGAAACUUCAAGACAAACGGAGAAAACAAGAAGAGCGGGAGAAGCAGCAGGAAAAGUUCAAGGAGGUCCGCUACCCUUGCAAGCAGUGCGGCAAAAUUUUCUUCAAGAUCCAGUCACGUAACGCUCACAUGAAGAUCCACCGGCAGCCUCAGGAGGACUUGACUGACGAGUUCACUCGACAUUUCGCGGUCAAUCACCCACACCCUCUGGAAGCACCAGUUGUGUCGUUUCCGUGCGCAGACAGUCUGCUCACCCUAAAUCUGGCUGACAUCGGCACAUCAGAACACGUCUUAACCGGCAGCUCCAACUCUCAAGUAAGAACUAUCGCCGAUGCCGGGGGCUCAAAACAAACAGAAACCGAGCCGUUUGCCCUCGCUCUUGACCAGUCGUGGGCUUGCUUUCAUGAUUUGUUCUGCGAGAGUUCACAGGAGGCAGGGGGAGCUCAGGCGGGUGAGACCAAAGAGCCAAUCGGCUGGUUCUAGUCGUUACCUUGCCUUAAAUCAGGGUGUCUAAAAUGUUUACAUCAAGGCCUGCAUGGUUAAAAAAAAACAAAAAAAAAAACAAAGAAUGCAGGGGUAUAUUUUGAUUGUUUUAAUUUUGUAAAAAAAAAAAAGGCUAAAAGAGACUUAGAGAGACUUAAAGGCCUACUGAAAUGAAAUGUUUUUAUUUAAACGGGGAUAGCAGAUCCAUUCUAUGUGUCAUAUUUGAUCAUUUCGCGAUAUUGCCAUAUUUUUGCUGAAAGGAUUUAGUAGAGAACAUCGACGAUAAAGUAAGCAACUUUUGGUCGCUGAUAAAAAAACGCCUUGCCUAUACCGGAAGUAGCGUGACGUCACAGGUUGAAAGGCUCCUCACAUUUCCCCAUUGUUUACAAUGCAGCCAGAGCGAUUCGGACCGAGAAAGCGACGAUUACCCCAUUAAUUUGAGUGAGGAUGAAAGAUUUGUGGAUGAGGAACGUGAGAGUGAAGGACUAGAGUGUAGUGCAGGACGUAUCUUUUUUAGCUCUGACCGUAACUUAGGUACAAGGGCUCAUUGGAUUCCACACUUUCUCCUUUUCCUAUUGUGGAUCACAGAUUUGUAUUUUAAACCACCUCGGAUACUAUAUCCUCUUGAAAAUGAGAGUCGAGAACGCGAAAUGGACAUUCACAGUGACUUUUAUCUCCACGACAAUACAUCGGCGAAGCUCUUUAGCUACGGAGCUAACGUGAUAGCACAUCGGGCUUAAAUGCAGAUAGAAACAAAAUAAAUAAACCCCUGACUGGAAGGAUAGACAGAAAAUCAACAAUACUAUUAAACCAUGGACAUGUAAAUACACGGUUAAUGCUUUCCAGGCUGGUGAAGCUUAACAAUGCUGUUGCUAACGACGCCAUUGAAGCUAACUUAGCAACGGGACCUCUACAGAGCUAUGCUAAAAACAUUAGCUAUCCACCUACGCCAGCCCUCAUCUGCUCAUCAACACCCGUGCUCACCUGCAUUCCAGCGAUCGACGGAGCGACGAUCAUAGAUGCGGUCGGCGGCCCGGAGACGGAGGAAGUCAAGGUGAGGUCGGCGGCUAGCGCGUCUGCUAUCCAUCUCAAAGUCCUCCUGGUUGUGUUGCUGUAGUCCGCCGCUAAUACACCGAUCCCACCUACAACUUUCUUCUUUGCAGUCUUCAUUGUUCAUUAAACAAAUUGCAAAAGAUUCACCAACACAGAUAUCCAGAAUACUGUGGAAUUUUGAGAUGAAAACAGAGCUUUUUGUAUUGGAUACAAUGGUGCACCAAUACUUCCGGUUCAACGAUUGACGUCACGCGCAUACGUCAUCAUACAUAGACGUUUUCAACCGGAUGUUUAGUGGGAAAUUUAAAAUUGUACUUUAUAAGUUAACCCGGCCGUAUUGGCAUGUGUUCCAGUGUUAAGAUUUCAUCAUUGAUAUAUAAACUAUCAGACUGCGUGGUCGGUAGUAGUGGGUUUCAGUAGGCCUUUAGACUUCCUUUAUUGUCAUUCAAAUUUGAACUUUACAGUACAGAUAAGAACGACAUUUCGUCGCAGUAGCUCGUGUAGUGCAGGAUAAAAGAGCAAUAAGGUGCAGAGUAAAAGAGCAAUAAGGUGCGGAGUGUUUGCAUUAACAAAAGAAGGUGCAAAUAUAAAUAAAUAUAUUACUGUACAGAUAAAUAUAUUGCACUUUUGCAUAUGCAUCCACGUUUACGGAUGUAUGUUAUAUUGUCUUUAUAGUCCAGCGAGUUAAUCCGUUUCUUGGGGUAAUUGAGGGGAUUAUUAUGAUGCGUUCAAGAGUUUUAUGGCCUGAGGGAAGAAGCUAAAACCAAUGUUAAGAAGAUAAAGUUAAAGAAAGCAACAUACUGCAUGUCAGCUUUGCAUUUUUCAUUCCCUUACCUUACCUCUUUUUCUUCUUUUUACCCACUUUUUUUUUGUAAUAGUUAUUGUAUUUUUUGGGGGGGUGCGGGGGGUAUCCCUGCAUUGUGUUUUUUGCUCUUUUUACAACUUUCUUUGUUUUUUUUUGUUCUUUUUACACAAAAACAGGUAGUGGGCUGCAAAUGACCCCCGGCUGCACUUUGGACCCUACUGUCUGAAAUGUUUACGCUGAAUUUUGAGAUUUAAGCUUCUUUAGUGUGUUAAACAAUGUUACCUAUGACCCGUUUUUUUUUUAAUGUAAAUUGGCAGUUCUUGUUCUAGAUGUUGUUAGUUUAGUUAUUCUGUGUCGUCAAACUGAUUAUCAUGCACAGUUUUCUUAUCUUUAUGUCAUAUUUCACAACAGCCUUUGAUCCUGUCUGUGAAUGAACAAGUGUUGUAAGUUACUUCGAUCUUCACGUGAGGCCAUGUGUGUGUUGUUCCAAAAAUCCGUGCAAAUAGUGACCUUUAAAAGGGGCUUUUCGCAGUGCCCUCCCCCUGAUUAAAGUCUAACAUGUCUACUGCCCU